GUUCGUCUUGUAAAUAUUCUACAGGACUCACAGUUCAGGUGACACUUCAACAUGAAGAAACAUGUGAAAUUCCUUGAGAACAACAGCGACAAAAGUGGUCUGUACCAUAAAACGUCUUUUUUGCCAUCAAGGUCUUCUGGGCUCAACCAUGUGGAUGGUGAUAAAACAAACCCAAAAUUUGGACAUGGAAUGCAGAGAGCAGUACCUGUUAAAGUGGCAGAACAGAAUCGUGACAUGAAAACUAUUCAGAUCCCGAAGACCAUGACUGCUGCUCCAUUUUUACAGCAUCCAGGCUUGACACCAGGACAAAAGCGGUUUCUGUACAGUAUUGCAGAGGCCUACAGCACGGAUCAAAUGCGGCAGCUAAUAUGCCAACAUUAUAUGAAUGUAUUACACCGGUGUAUCAGGACAGACUUGAAAGUAAAUGUGAAACAGCAGAAGUCAAUAUACACCCCAGAAGUGGAAUACAUCACAAACCCUCAAACUACAACUAGCAAGACAAAAGAAAGUGGAAAGAGAUAUUUGACUGCAGAAAAAGUCAAGAAAACAACUUUCCCUAAAAUCAUAGAUCAUCAAAGGUGGGAAAAUGAACACAGGGUAAAAAUAUUGUACAAUAUGCGAGUAAUUGUGAAAAUAAUGAAUUGUGACCCUAAUAUUUACGACAUAGAGUGUCUUCAAGAUUGCAAAAAUCGAUUACAGUACAAUCAAGAGCAAGAAGAAUGAAAAGUAAGACUACUUUUGCGAAACAUGCCUCUUUACAUGGUAAGUAUGCAGCAUUACAGACCAUUGCAAAUGUGCUUAGGUAUCUUUCUUAAUGAUCCUGAUAUUAUGAACACUUCAGGUUUCUAAUUCCUGUUUUAAGCCAGUUUAAAGCAAACAGCUGUAUUUAACAUUCUCCAAAAUGAACUGAAAUGUUCAGGAUCACGCCUAUCGGAUGUUGACUUGGAAUGGGAGGUGACUGACAUGGAUUCUUAUCUCUCUGGACAAAUGUGCAGCCUGUCUUUCAAUGAUUCGGAAGAGGAUGAGGACUUCCUAUUCCCUACCUAAAACACGUUUGAUAUAUGCUUUAGUAAUUAAUGAAAAUGCAUGCAUAAAAAUUCACACAUACCUAAGAAUAAUGAUGCAGUUCUAAGUGAAAGGCUGAUCCAUACAUUUUAAUGCCAAAUGUGUUAAGUGUGGUACAGUCUCUUUAAAAAAUAAAAUAAAAGAUUACAUUUUUCAUGUGAAGUGGUGUUUUAUUGUAUGAAACAUGAUUUCAAACGUCUUAUGGCCUUGAAAAAUUAAUUAGGGCACACAACAUAUUAACAGACUAUUUCUCGCAGACAUUUUGCAAAUAAUACAACAUUAUUGCAUUCUCAAUGACCAUCUGCUGAAUCCACAAACUCAAAGAAACAAUGACAUUCUGAUGACAUA